AUGACGUGCCGUGGCGGGAAGAUGGCGGCGACGUGUGUCGGGGUCCGCAUGAUGGAGGCGGCGGUGAGCGGGCUCCUGGAGCACGAGCUGAGUGACGGGGAGCUGGGGGAGACGAUCCGGGCGCUGCGGGAGCACGGAGCCCUGCGGGGAGAGGCCUCCUCGGCUGCAGUCUCCGGCCUCCUCAGCUGCUGUAACUCCCGCCUGUCGUCUGCAGCCACACGGACGGAGGGUCUGUCGCUGCUCUCGCUGGUGGUGGAGGAGUCGUCCACAGAUGUGUUCCAGCAGCACUGUGUGUCCUGGAUCCGCAGCGUCCUGCAGGUCAUACAGUCCCAGGACCCUCCGCGGGUGAUCAGCCUGGCCGUGUUUGUGCUGCGCUCCCUUCUCGUCCACUCCUCCGCACUUCCCGAAUUAUCCCGAGAGAUCUCCACCAAUCAGAUCCCGGGACUCCUCACCUCGCUGCUGGGCCUGAGGCGCCAGUGUCUGGUGUCUGCGCUGGAAGGAAUCCGCUCCUGCAUGAUCUCCUACCCCCGGGCCUGCGGCUCUCUGCGGGGGAAGCUGACUGCGUUUUUCCUCAGUCUCCUGGAUGAAGAAAAUGUGCAGAUCCAAGAGCUGGCCUGUCAGUGCUUUUCUCUCCUGCCGUCUCUGGGCUCCGGCUUUUCGCAAGGCAUAAAACACACGGAGAACUGGGAGCGACAGAUCCAGAGCGUCCUGUGCUCGCUGCACGCCGUCUUCCAGCAGUUGUACCAGGCGGCCGAGACAGACACCACCCGCUAUGAAGGUCCUGGCACAGAGCUGGAGCUCCCUGUCCUGGAGGAUGAUGGGGCUUCUAGUAUCCUUCAGCUGGUGAGGAGGUUCACAUCCCUGGGGCAGUGCGUCUGUCUCCUGUUGAGGGAGCAGUUCCCAGCCCCUGUGCGGGUUCCAGCCUCGGAUGUCCUCAAUCUGGUCUGUCGAGUGGUCAACCUGAGUGCCAAGAACCUGAGCUGGCAGGGAGAGGAGGCCCUAAAGCUGCUGCUGCUGCCCAGCGUCCACAGGAGCGCCCUGGACAUCCUGGAGGCCGCAAUCUUAGCGUGCGGCUCUCGUCUCCUGCCGUUUUCCUCGGUCAUCUGCAGAUUAUUUCCGCAGGUUCUCAGCUCCUGGGCGUCUGUGAGAAGUGCGGGCGGCUUCCCCUCCGGUCAGGAAAAGCCUUAUAGCUCUCUCCGGGGGUCAGUCUACCAGGUCCUGGAGCGCUGGGUGAUGAUGUGUGGAGUCUCCUCUGGCAUCUUACAGGGCAUGUCCCACCAUUCUGACAUCCUGCUGGCACAUCUGCUCAGCGACGUCUCUCCGCCCGCAGACGCCGUGAAGAUGUCUGGGUUUGUGCAGCUCGGAGCAAAGAAGCAGAAAGUCUCGGAGGUCGUCGGGAACAGAGAAUUUCAAAGCCACCGGAAGCGGGAAAGCAGCGCAAAUACAGAGCUGUGUACGGCAGCUCUACGAGCCCUCUGCGCCAUUAUCCUGUAUGGAGGAUCUCUGAUCAAAGAGGAUACUCAUCGGCGUCUCCAGGAGCUGUCCAUCCCUCUUCUGAUUCGUCUCCAGCAAGGUCCAGAUCAAUGGAUCGGUCCCUACGCCAACAGCGAGUGUCGGAAACAACUUUAUCGGCUGCUGUUAUCCUUAACGCUGACCCCCAGCCCUCGGCUUCCUCCCCCCCUGCACUGUGCCAUCAGGAUUUUCAGACUGGGGUUGACCGAGGAGAACUUGCAGGUGUCCAUGUUCUGCACAGAGGCUCUUGCUAUAUGCAGGGUCAUCAUCCACCCCCGAGUGCCCAGCCUCCAACGCCCUCUUCCACAGCACGGCCCUCGGCCUCCUAUGCAAGCAGAGGUCCCAGUGCAGCGACCCCCGGCUCCUCCGCUUGCGUUCCCCGCCCCUCUACCUGUAAAUCAUCUUCCUGCCAGGACCCCGGUUCCUCCACAGCUCGCAGAGCCACCGGCUCCACCGAUCCCCUCGUCUCCAGAGACUUUUGGUGGGAAGACCCCAUGUCCCAUCUUUAUCCACUAUGAGAAGGAAGAGACAUCCGACGUGGAGAUCUCCCUGGAAAGUGACUCAGAUGACAGCGUGGUCAUUGUCCCUGAAGGUCUCCUACAGAAGCCCAUCCCAAAAUCUGAACCUUCCCCUCCCUCUGUAAAACCUCCCAGUGAAGAGACCUCCUCAGCGGAGAUCCCCGCCCAACCUGUAGUGCCAUCACCUACCACAGCGGCAGCACCCCCCCCACCGGCCUGCCCUGGUUCCUCCCCUGCUGAGAUACCGGUUGCUGCAGAAUUACCUCUGCCGCCACCAACGGCAUCUGCCUCAGCUCCACCAGAAGGUGACAUGGUCAUCAACAUUAAUAGCACCGAUGACGAAGAAGAGGAGGAGGAUGAUGAAGAUGAAGAAGGCAUGUAUGAUGAUGAGGAAGAAGAAGAAUAUUACGAUGAGGAAGAGGACGACGACUUGGAGGGUCUGGAAGACGAGGAAGAAGAAUUCGAUGAUGAGGAAGGACUGACUGAAGAAGAUGAUGAGGAGGAGGAGGAGCUGGAUGCCGAGGUGGAAGAGGAGGAAGAUGAAGGGGAGGAGGAGGAUGGGCUAAUUGCUGAAGAUAUGCAGAUGACGCCCUCUAUGGAGACCAUGCCAGAACCAGUCCAACCAGUGAUGCACAAUCCAGAGGCAGAGGAAGGUCCCCCGCGUUUGUCCCCCGUCCAGGAGGAUGACGCUGGAGACACAGAUCUUCUGAUGUUGGUAGAGAGUGAGGAGCGAGAGUUGGAUGGGGAGGCUCUGCAGGACCGGCUCUCAGAAACGGAGGUCACCUCCAGCCCAUCACCUCCACCUGUACUGAGCCCACCUCCGGCUGCCCCCACAAAGGAGGAAGAGGAGACUGAGACGCCAGACGUCACAGAAAGUGAACCCGUCCCCGAGCCUGAACCCCCUGCUGUGGAGGAAGAGCCAGUGGAAGAAUCACCGGAGGAGGAGAAGAAACCGAAGCCACGUGUGGUGGUGGAAGAGGAGGAGGACGUCGAUGCCAUGGAGGAGCCUGAGGACGAACCUCCGGAUGCAGACUCUAUGUUAGCGGACUUCAUCGACUGCCCUCCAGAUGACGACAAAGACCCGGAGCCCCUCGCCACGUGACAUCGUCAGCGCCUCCUCUCGUCCUAAACAUGGCUGCUUGUUUUUGUUCAAUGCCCCCCCUACCCAGCGUGCCCCGCAAGGCGCACCAUUAGGGGCUGUAACAUGAAGAGCUCUGACUGCAGCAAAACAAUACCUCCCAGGACUUGAUGGGAGUUGUAGUUCUGCCACAGCCAUUGCUCGGUCGGCUGUACAUUCAUCUUUGGAUUUUUCAAAUUAUUAUUAUUUUUUUUUAACUCUUAAUGGUCCUCUUGCUGGUUUAGUUUGUACCCUUCUGGUUUUUGGGGGGAUUAGUGAUAUUUUUGGCUGCCAGAAGGUGAAUGACGUCCGCACUAAGGGUUGUUUUUUUGUUUUGUUUUUUUUAUUUCGCUUGUGAUAAUUUUAUUUUAUUUUUUUUUCAAAAUUCUUUGACAAUAAAAAUCUGGGAUGCGGCCCUGUCUCCUUC